AUGCCCUCGAUCGACCUCGCCCUCGCCCAGCACGGCGACCCAGUCGCGCUCCCGCCCCACAAGUACGCCGACCUCCUCGACCACACGCCGUACAAGUCGCCCAUCAAGCAGGCCCUCGCGACCGACGGCUUCGUCGUCGUGCCCGCCAUCCCCGAGCACCGCGCCCUCGCCUACGCCGACCGCGCCUACGACUGGCUCGAGGCGUUCCAGCUCGGGUUCGACCGUCGAGACGAGGCGACCUGGACCAACGCGCACCUGCCCGUGCACGUCAAGGGCGGCAUGUUUGCCUCGCGCGUCUACCACGAGGACUUCCUGUGGGCCAUCCGGUGCGAGCAGGGCGUCGUCGACGGAUUCGCCGAGCUGUGGGGCACCGACAAGCUCACGACGAGCUUCGACGGCGCCGCCGUCAUGCUCUGCCACCGCAAGGACCUCCCGCCCGCGCAGAAGUGGGAGCACAUGGACCAGUCGCCGAACCGCCGCGGCUUUUUCUGCGCCCAGGGCAUCGUCAACUUGCUCCCGAACGGGCCCGACGACGGCGGCCUCAUGGUCCUCAAGGGCUCGGGCGCCAUCAUGGAGAAGUACUUUGAGCAGCACCCGGAGCAGAAGGCCAACCACUCGUCGUGGGGACCUGCCGACUGGUACGGCUAUACCGAGGAGCAGCAAGAGUGGUUCUACGAGCGAGGGUGCGAGUGGAUCAAGGUGUGCGCCAACCCGGGCGACCUCAUCCUCUGGGACUCGCGCACGCUCCACUACAACCGGCCGCCGUCGGGCGACCGCACGCGCAUCUGCACCUAUGUCUGCAUGGCCCCCGACGAGCUCCUCAACGCCAAGGACCGCGCCGUCAAGCAAAAGCUGUUUGCCGACAAGGGCGCGACGACGCACAACCCGUUCGAGAACAUCUUUGCGCGCCCGACCGAGGACGGCGAGCUCAAGUUCCCGGUCGUCGAGCCGAGCGCGAGGAUGCUGCAACUGGCGGGCGUCAGGCCGUACGACGUGUGAGCGGCGAGGGGUCGUCUCGGGUCGUCGUUUCUCUCUCCCUUUUCCUCCUGUACUGCCUCUCGCUCUCUCUGCAUCGUCGUUCUCUGAGUCAGUU